GUUUGCUUGCACCUGUGGCGGUCCCAGUUUGGUUUUUAAGGAGAGAACAGGAUGCAGGCAGUUUUGUGCGUGCUGUGUCUGACUCUGUGUGCGAACAGGGUCUCCACAUCUCCGCUGAAAUCUUUCCAAACGGGGGGAAACCCGGCCUCCUUGGAUGACGUGAACAUCCUUAUGUAUGGCGUGGUGCAGUUCAGCGAGUCCCUGCACCACAUAUACCAGAGCACAGAGGCCAGGAUCGCCCGCGUCAUGAAAGCCGUGAGCCGAACCGAGAACGAGGUUAAGAGACUGGGGCACGACACUGAGGAGGCUGCUCAAACCGAGCGACAAAUCAAAGAGAAACUUCAGCUCAUUCAGGCUCAGAUGAAAGCACUGCAGAUUCAGGUCCAGGAGAACAGAGGAACGGUCACCAGGUUGGAGCUGGAGGAGGCAGAGCUAAAGAAAAAACUAACCGUCCUGGAGGAAAACCUAAACAACUCCAUCCCAGACACGAUCAAGGGCACGACACUUAAAAACAUCUCUAUCCUGAAGGAUCUGACGAAGUGGACCCAAGAACAGAAACUGAAAUUGGAGAAGCAAAACCAGCAGCUGGCUGAUUUACAGAAACAGAAUAUGGUGUAACCACUAAUAUCACCUACGAGGAGGAACUGCAAUCCUCAUCAACACUCCAUUCAUUGCACGGCAAACGGAUCUCACCUACUGCAUGUUCAUUAAAGACACAGACGUCCACUUUGCCAAUCACUUUAUACGCCUCAGGAAACACGAGCAGAGCGAAUUUCUGUGUAAAAUAUUUGUAAAAACUGUGUGAAUGCAAUUCCUAACCACAGAAACAAACAUUUUACUAUUUUCUUAAUGUUAUAAUAUGGAUAAUAUGUUUAUAAAAGCACAAAACAUAAUUAUCAUAUAAUAUAUAUCUGUAUAUGUAUUUUUGGUUUGUAACUUAUUUAAUAAAAGUAUAAUGAGUG